UGCGCAUUGUUUCCUGUACGGUUUCAAUUGGAGUACGAACACAUCGGCGAAUGUCGGCGCUUAGUAGAUCUUUUGAGUGUUUAAAAUGGGCUGCUGUGGACAAAAUGAUACUUUCGUGAGCCCAGUGGUUAAAUAUAUCUUGUUCUUCGCAAAUUUUCUUUUUUGGCUGAUUGGCUGUCUGCUGGUUGCUGUAGGGAUAUAUGCCUUUAUUGAGAAGAACCGCUUUUCCCACGUAGAUAUCCAGAAUGUGUAUGAUGUCAUCUUUGACCUGUCAAUCAUCUUCAUCGUGGUGGGCGUUAUCAUCUUCUUCCUUGGCUUCUCAGGAUGUGUGGGUGCUCUCAGGGAAAACACAUGCCUUCUCAAAUUUUUCUACAUCAUUAUCAUCAUCAUCUUCCUGCUAGAAGUGGCUGGGGCUGUCCUGGCAUUUGUGUUCCGAGACAAGGCCAAAGAUUUCGUCAUCAAUGUUCUUCAGGAAAACCUCAUCACUCGAUAUGAGGACGACCCAGAUGCACAGAAUUUCAUUGAUUUUGUACAGGAAAAUGUACGAUGUUGUGGCGUGACCAAGGACGGAUACAAGGACUGGAACACCAACCCUUACUACAACUGUACACAACUUAACAAGAGUAGACUGCGAUGUUUCGUACCCCACUCCUGCUGCAUCAACCAGAACUCCAUCUCGGAUGGGGUGCCAAAUAUACUAUGUGGAGCUGAUGCCCUAAGUGAAUCUGCGACGAAGGCGGGUCAGUCUGUGUACACCAUGGGCUGUGUGGAUGCCAUGAUCAAGGUGGCCGAGGACAACCUGCCUCUCUUGGGAGGCAUCAUCAUAGCUGUCACAGUGCCACAGUUAAUUGCAAUCUGCUUGUCCCGGAUGUUGGAGGGCCAGAUCUUGGACCAGCUAGCAAGAUGGCGUCGGCAGAGAUAAUAGUGUGGGAGGUGUAACACUGCCUUAUGUACAUACACAUAUCCAACAUUCCACAGUGGCCGCCUCCACUGCCUGCCAACUCAGCAUACUCACAGCUGCAUGGUCAGGGGCAGAACCUCAACAAAACAUUUGCAAAAGAACCUCUGGUAAUAUUUCUGAAAGAUACGUCCUUUAUUAUUUCGGAGGGAACAUUGAUAGCUUUCUGACAUAAGCUUGAUAUCAUCUCGAAUUAAUUUUUGUUUACCAAUGAAAUGUGGACAUACAUGUUAACCCCAAAUUCCUGUUAAUCUUUGGAUUUUGAUCUGCAUUGCUGAAGGUAGAGUUUAAUAAGCUGUGUGAAUGUAGGCAAAACACCAUUUCCAAGCUUGUGAUAAUACUUACAAUACACCUUGAAAUUGUCAAAUAAUAGAGAUAUUGAUAGUUAUAAGUCCUCUUAUUAUUUUAUUGUCAAGCAUAAUUUUGUAUGUUGAAAAUGUGUGAUAUAGGCUCUGAGUCUUUGUAUAUAAUUUUAAAAUGGGGGAAUGUUUUAUUACUAGUAUACUAAUAUCCUUCACUAUACAUGGAUAAAUGGAAGGGCAUACAGGUUGCUAUGACGACUGUGUUGUUAGGAUAUAUUCACUACAGUCCUAGGCGUAGGACAGUAAAGGUUUCAGUCAAUACUCCUUAAAUUAUUGGUGUUCAAGAAGAGUAAACAAUUAAACAUUCCACUAACUGUUGCUAUGAUAUGGACAGUUCUUGACUGACUUAAUAUUAGUUUGUCUGACCUAAUAUUUGUAUGUAUAUAUCUAUGUCAAAGGCAUAAUCCCGAGUUCAGGAAUUGUACAUACUUGUUCUGUUUACAACACUGCAGCUGGUAUUGAUGGUAUUUGUUUAGAAGAAUAUAAAGGAAUCAUCGCCAAGCACAAAUAUCAAGAGAUGUGAAGAGUUUAUACAAAAGCUGUAUAUGCAUACAUAUAUUGGGCUUUACAUAAAGGUGUUGUUCAGUGAAUGUGACCAUGCGUAUGUAAGGGAGACAACUCUACAAAUAGUGAAAUAUUUAUAUAUUUUUGGCUUAAUUCUUAAUUCGAGUGAGCUAUUAAUGUGAAACUUGAAAAUCUCAACAAAUACUUUUGUUCCAUAAAUACAGAACUUGCAUGACUGUGUUUACCUGAGAAAACUGAUGACCUAUGAAAGGUGGUGUUUUUUUUGUGAAUUCUCUCCCCUACGUUUGUAUUUUAUCACUGGAAUUGUUUUUGUAGACUUCCACAAAGCAGGCAUCUCGUUGCCCUGUUUUGAUGGAAGGAAGAUGUCUCCUCUGUGUGCAUGUUGUAUGGUGAUAGAUGGUAAAGGCCACAUGUGUCCAGGGAGUAUUGUGGAGUCCUGGUGUAAACAGGCUACAAGUCAGGGAGGAGGCGCUGCUUUAAUGUACAAUAUGUUACACCGGAGAGCCUGUUGCAGCUGCACCAUCGGCUUCUUCGUACGAUGUGUCUCUGCAUAUGCUUAGGUUUCAAUUUGAAAUAUUCAAAGUUAAAAUCAGAUUAGAGUUCAUUGAUUUCUCUGUGUUGAAGAUGAUAGCAGAUUGAUUUCACAAGUACAUGUACAGCUAUUGAGCCUUUGAUAAAAAUAUUGGAUGCAUUGAAAACAUAUAUCUUGCUUGUUAGGCUCAAAAGUAACCAAAUGAAUUUGAAAGUUUAAAGCUAGAAUUAACCUGCUUAUAAUAAUGAAGUGUUUUGGGAGAGACUUGAACAUUUUGUAGAAUGUUGAAACAAAUUUAUAUCCUGUUUGAGAAAACAACAUAAAAAGCAGACUGAAAGCAUUGUACUUACUGUGUGCUUGUGUAACAUUACAAGGUGCAGGUAACCUUCCUUGCAGACAGAAGACAUAGUGUAUCCAUCAUGCCAACAUGCUCUCUACAAAUACAUUAGUCAGUCCUUGUCACAAGCAGCUGGAAGAGACCUGCAGUAUUAUUCCUGUGGGUGAUGGUAUGUUCUUUCAUGGAGGGCAGAGUGUAUGCUAUGUUGUUGUCAUCUAGGAGUGAAAUUACCUUGAAUUCUUUGCAAUACUCUAGUCACUAGCUUGCUGGCAUUAACAAAUAACAGCUGUUCAAUAGUAUUUGGAAAUACUCAUCAGUUUAGUAGAGAUUAGCUCUUUUGCUUGUGACAGCCUUUUGCUGUCAUGCCAUCUAUUGCUUGCCCUUACAUUUGUGCCUGUUGAUGACACUUCUGUAUGUGUCUUUAUGGACAGUUUUAGCAUGUCCAAGGUGCUUACUGUAUCCAACAUAAACAUAGCAGAGUUUUAGGUGAUUUGCUUAACUAUGCAAAGUUUAUCUUUCUGGAGAAUAAGAUGUCACUUUACCAAGUUUACUCGGAGAAUCUCAUUUUUAUUAGCUCGCCUGGCUGAAAGUCAAGUUAGCUUAUGUCAUUGCCUGUUUGUCAUCUGUCAGAAAUAGCUGAAACUUCACAUGCUUGUUCCCAAUGAUGACAUUGAUUCGUUCAAGGACCUGAUUCCAAUUAUCAUUAUGGCUGCCAUGACAUCCCUUUUGAAAACAUAUUUAUGGACAGUAUUCAACCAUUAUUAAUUUUUCAAAAUGGAAUGAAAUUUUGUAUUUGUGUAGUUAGUCUCUCUAUAUAUUAUGAUUUUUGUGAUAUUUCUUUUGGAUGUUAAUUUGACCUUUUCACUUCGACCAUACUGAAAGCUGAGGUUUCUUGUGGCCAUUUUGCGUAAUGCUAUGUACUUUGCUAGAUGUUAAAGUAAGAAGUUGUUUUGUUUUUCACAAUGUUUAUAUUUUUUACCUAUAUUUUUAACUUUGCACUUUUCCAUCCUCAUAAUUCCCUUCAAAAUACACUUCCUCGCAUCUUCUCCCUAGAAACCAGUGAACCAAUGAAGCUGGAAGUGUGUACAUGCUGUUAGACCACCUCUGUGGUGUCUAGUUGUAGAGCGUCAUACCAGUAUAUUUUCUGGUUUUCUUUGUGAUAGUUUUCAAUGUUGAUCUUGAAUUGAUCAGACUGCAUGCAAAAACCUAUCACAGCCAUUGCUCUGCCAUUUUUGUACUUAAAUAUAGUAAAAAUUUGUUAAUAUAGUUGUAGGAUUCAACACAUAUGGUCUGUUUUUUUGCAACAGUUUCGAUUUUGACCAAACUGUUGCAUUUAGUUAAUAUUUAUUGGCAUCUUCUUCCCUGAUAUUGCCAGACUGAGGGAGCUGAGAAGCUUGGCAUGUAUUUUUCUCCUUAUUAUGACAUCAUAAUUUUAUACUUAUCCUGCAUUACUCCUUAAUGCAUUCACUGCUUACCUUACGACAACUAGAAGGACAGCGCAACUGCGAAGGUCCUGGGUGAAGAAAUAAAGUUGUUUUUCUGAAGUCCCAAUUACUGACCUUUUGUCUCUGUCCUGUGACCUUGAUGACACUUAAGGUCAUCUUCACAUCACUGCUUGUCGCAGCACAGCAAGAGCUCUCCUUUUGGAUUAAUUUAGACCUUCAGUUUUCGUCUACAAUCCUAUAAUUGAUCUGCGAUGGGUGAUGUAUUCUUUUCUUUUCAUAUUACUUUCACCAUGUUGUGUAGUUUUAUAUGAAUUAAUUAGGCAUGAAAAGACUCGUCUUUUUUUCCCACCACAUAUUUGUUGUUCGCCAUUUUGAAUUGUGUUUCAAUCGUUUGCCUGCCAAGGUAGUCACAUUGUUUACAAUUCUUAGCAACGUAUGUAUAACAUAUUCUUGUGUUCUUAAUUACUACUAGCUUUGGCGUGACAGUGAGUUGCGUGUAUAUAAAUUAUUUUGUUAAAAAUAUGUUUGCCGAUAGAUUAAUAUCAAAUCUAUGGCUUUCUUCCAGGCCUGCUUCAUCAACAAUUAUUUAUUUGCAUACCUAUGUUUGCGCGAUUGUACUAAAUGUCGUGGAAAAAAAUCUUACGAAGAUUAUCAUCCACAUCGUUUGGCUUAGAUGCAUAUGUGUUCGUCAAAAUCUAAAAGCAAAUAGCUUUGGUUUACAUUGAUAUUUUUGCAGAUAGAUUAUUGUUCAAUUCUACGUCAUUCUUCCAGUACCAUUUCUUCAACAAUGGUUUUAUUGCAUAACUUAUGUUUGCGUGUUGUACAUAUUGUCGUGGAAAAAAUCGCCCAAAGAUCUUUAUCCACGUUCCUCAGCAUGCACGUAGAUGUGCUCGCCAAAUUCUAAAUGUAAUUUUUGUGUAAAUCUCUACAAUAUAAAAGCAGGUUACUCACAAUCAUAUUUUGCGGUAAUCCUGUCGUGAGACGAGAGGAAUGUCACAAUUGUGGAAUAGCAAAGGACAUGGUUCAGUCAUUACCACCCAGCAGUUAUUAUUGGCAGGUAAUAUGACGCCCGUAACUGUGACUGCAGAUGUACACCCUCCACCGAAAUCAACAAUACCGGAGGAUUUUGUGAGUAUCGUUACUGCUCCUGUUUUUCAGCCGCCGGACACUUCCAUAUAUGUUAAAUCUGUGACAGCACCAGCGUCUUAAGAUGCUAUGAUGGAGGGACAAUAGAUGCAAGCCAUGGUCCAGUCAAUACCUUUGACCUUUGUGUCUCAGUUACAAGACCGAAGUUAGUCGCAAACUCCAUAUCUCUAUGGUUAUGCACAGUAAUCCUUCAGGCCUACCAGAUCGCCAAACAGAAUCCGCCGAGAGCGAAUAACCAUCACGAUCUCAGGGUGUUAGCCUUACCAGGGAUCAACACGGCAGUUGUUUUAUUUGAAAAUCAAGGAAGGAUAAUUCUGGAGUUUCAACACAGGUUUUCGUUAGAGGAUGUCAAAGGCGUGUGAAGUUUGGCGCUCUGGUUGUAACCCAGCAGGUUACCAACCCCUGACGCAAAUAAUGAAUACAGAGCCAGCCUACUUCCAUCUGCAGUUACUCAGUCGCCGCCAGUGGAAGAAUAUUAGACAAUCUUGUUUGUCUACGACGGCUCUAUGACGUAGCAAGUAAAGAAUUAGCUGAUUAGCUAUUAUUUUCUGUAUGUAUGUAUGUAUGUAUGUAUGUAUGUAUGUAUGUAUGUAUAGGGAAUUUCUCUUUAAUUCAAAUGUUCAAUCUUUUUGAUUUUUGAACAGUAUUUUUUUUAAAACUUUUCCGCUUCAUGGUUUAUCGACCAACUGGUUUCAUUGCAGGGUGUGAAUUAUUGAGGUUUCUGUAUUCUGAAGGUUUACCAACCUCCAAACCGUCCGAUACAGAUGCAUUAAGGAGUAAUGCAGGAUAAGUAUAAAAUUUAGUAAAAUCUGAAUAUUGUUUACAUUUGUAUGCUUAUUCUGCAUUACUACGUUUAAGGCCCACCAGUCGCAAGACUUGCCUCCCCACUUUGGCUUCAGAAACCUCAAAAGUAUGUUUUUCUAAGAGCGUGGGCGACAGGCACUGAUGUGAAGAUGACCUUAGAUGUAAUCAAGGUCACAAGACAGUGACAAAAGAUCAGUAAUUGGGACUUCAGAACAACAACUUUAUUUCUUCACCCAGGACCUUCGCAGUUGCGCUGUCCUUCUAGUUGUCGUAAGGUAAGCAGUGAAUGCAUUAAGGAGUAAUGCAGGAUAAGUAUACAAAUGUAAAAAAUAUUUAGAUUUUACUUAUUUUGUUCAAACCAAUAUAAAUUAAUUUUAGCUUUUCUUCCUCGUGAAGAAAAUAUUUGAAUUUCAAGCUUUUCUAUGCGUCAGUAUUUUUGGACAUUUAAGACUGUUGACUACAAACCCAGGUGAGCUACAGUGCCUUGACACAUUCUGGAUGCAUUUUUAUAUUUAUCUGCAUUAUUGAAGAGAAUUUUAGACAUGUGAUUUUAAGGGUAAAUGUAUCAAUACAUUGGUAGAUGCGAGAUCAUUCUUACCCCACUAGCAACUGCACAAAGAGGAAACAGCUGUAUAUUUUUAUUGUUUCUUUAUCAGAAACAUUUAUGAAAUAUUGUUUCCCUCAUGUAUUGUUCUCAGUGUUUGUAGCUUACAGGACCUGUGUACCACAAGGCAGGUCAGACAUGUAGCCUACUCGACCUAUGUACAAGGCUGGUCAGACAUGUAGCCUACUUGACCUGUGUAUCACAAGGCAGGUCAGACAUGUAGCCUACUCGACCUAUGUACAAGGCAGGUCAGGCACGUAGCCUAAAGGACCUGUGUAUCACAAGGCAGGUCAGGCACGUAGCCUCCAGGACCUGUGUACCACAAGGCAGGUCAGACAUGUAGCCUACUCAUGUACAAGGCAGGUCAGGCAUGUAGCCUUCUCGACCUAUGUACAAGGCAGGUCAGGCACGUAGCCUAAAGGACCUGUGUAUCACAAGGCAGGUCAGGCACGUAGCCUCCAGGACCUGUGUACCACAAGGCAGGUCAGACAUGUAGCCUACUCAUGUACAAGGCAGGUCAGGCAUGUAGCCUUCUCGACCUAUGUACAAGGCAGGUCAGGCAAUGUAGCCUACUGGACUUGUGUUCCACAAGACUUUCACCUUGCGCACUGAUUCAUUGACAGGUUGUAACACAUGCAGAGCUCCAAAUAGCUUUAUAUUUGUGUAAAAUAGGCAAACAAAAUAAGCCAAUUAAUUUUAACAGUAUAUCAACAUUUUCAUCUUGCAUACACUAGUGUCUUUUCUUACUGAAUGCAGACAUGUAUAUCUGGUACAUGAUGUGAACAUCAUGCUCAUUGUAAUACUGUUAUGGUACGUGACAUGAGAUUCACGUGGGGCAGCACAUGCGCUAUUCUUUUAUAACAAAAUCUGUUAGUAACCCAAAAGACUGGACCCAAGAGAGUAAAAGUAUAUUGAAUUCCCAAGAAAACUGUCAAUACCUUAUGUGAAUAAAUACUCAAAACAUUGUCUGCAGUCCUUCACAGGUCCUCCGACGACGCUGUUGCCUCAUAACCUCACACCACCAUUGUUUCAACAGCAGCCUCUUAAUUGACAACCAGCCCGACAUGCCUUGUGUUUCUAUGUUCAGUUUACUUGUGCAUGGAAGUGUGGGGUAUGGUGUCCUGCAUGGAUGUAUGUGCCACUACAGGAGGAUUAUCAUGGCUCAACUCCUACAGAUCAGUAUUGGCUGUGUUAUGAUUGUAAGAAAUGAGUAGUAACAGGGAAAGAAAGGACACUCAAGGAUAUAUGAUCAAUUUCAAAUUUUCACCUGUUAGAUUGGAGGCUUAAAUGAUUUUAGAAAUAGAUUCAAAUGUUUUAUGCACGUUUUCUUGUGCUGGGUUGUGUGUGAAUAAAAAAACCGUCAAUUAUUUUCUUUGAUUUCUCUAUUUUAACAUUCCAGUUUGUCGGAGAUACAAGCUUUUCUUUGUGAUAAUACUUGAGUGAUUUGUAGUGGAGGAAUGCUGGCUCACUUGUACAGACCCAUAUUGUCUGAUCAAAGUGCUGCUAAUACUCUCAUGUUCAGCUCUGCCAUUUUACAUCUUUGUGACUUGUCAUAUUAAGUGCAAUCUUACAUUGGUAUAUUACCACUGGGCACUUUAUCUUAUCUUAUGUUAGAUCUGUCUUUUCUUCUGCCAGAAUGGGUCUUUAAGUAUUCUACUACAGUGUUCUGAAAUAGUUGCAUUACCCAUGGGGUUUUGCUCCAUAAUGUACAUCAGUAGGAUCCAACCUCUCAUGUAUUAUACUGAUUAUGCAACAGGAACCAGUGUACAUUUUAUGACAUUAUUGAUUGUAUUGCUCAGAUGUGUAUAUAAUUGAAUUUUAAUGAUUAUUAUAUACAUUAUUUUUCUAUUUGACAAAUCUGUACCAUUCUGUAAUAAUAUAAUGUUUGACAAUAAACUGUAACCAAUAUGCAGUA